AUGGUCUCUAUUCAAGAAUCAGAGGUACUCAAUGCAGUGAAAACAAAAUUACCACCGUGCUGUUUGAGAAUAUUCAGGAACAAGAUCAUCCUUGUUGGGACGUAUGACUUAGACAAGUCGACUGGAUACAGGUCAGGUUCGUUGGAUGUCUUCACAAUGGAUCUUAAACUUUUAUUCUCGUAUAAUACGUAUGGUGCCAUUUUAGAUUUGAAGUUAUCUCCCUUCGAUGAUGCAUUAAUAUGCACUGCCCAUUCAACGGGAAAUAUCAUGCUAUGGAAAAUCGGUUGCACAGAUAAUGGUGAUUUUGAAACGAAGGAACUAGAUAUUCGUGUAGUUGCAAAUUUGCAACUUUUUGAAAAAGAUGUUCUCAUUGCUUCGUGCCAUUUUUCCCCACUUGAUUGUAAGAAAUUAGUUGUAACAAAUACGGUCGGCGAAGCCGCUAUUAUUGAUAUAAGGACAUUAUCCAUACAAUUUACAGCCUCAGCAGUCACUCAAGCUUACUCAAAGCUAGGCAAAAUAGACUACGAAGUUCAAGGUGCAACCGAAAAAGUCAUCCAUGUUGAACCGGAACAAUUUCUGAAACCGCACGAACUCGAGUGUUGGACUGCGGAAAUCGGCUCUCUACAGCCUUUCCAAGACGUUGUAUUUACAGGAGGUGAUGAUUCGACAAUUAUGGCUCACGAUUUGCGUUCCAAGGAAUUCAUUUGGAGUAAUGGUCGUAUUCAUGAUGCUGGUGUUGUUGGAAUCAAAUGUAGUCAACCCAACUUUCGAAAUAACAAGCCCACAUCCAUAAUAACCGGAUCGUAUGAUGAUACUAUUCGUUCUCUAGACUUAAGGAUGAUGGGUGACUCUAUGUUUCCUGGUGAAAACGUUCCAACAGUCAGUAAAUUAGAGUGUAACCUUGGCGGCGGUGUUUGGAGAUUCGUUGAGUCGCCCAUUGAUCAUAGACACUCUUCCCACGAUAGCUCCGACCGACUUUUAGUUUGCUGCAUGUAUGACGGUGCCAAGGUCGUGGCUAUGAAUGAUAGUUCGGAUGAGUAUUUUCAAAUUCAGCAUUAUUUAAAGAAGGGCCAUGAUUCAAUGUGUUAUGGCGGGGACUGGUCAAACUCUUUGAUCGCAACAUGCUCAUUUUAUGAUAAUUCUCUUCAAACAUGGACAGUCUGA